AUGGCCGACCUCAACACAUAUCUGAAGUACAAACGGGACGAGAGAUAUCUCGUCUACUGGAUCAUCCAUGCAUCAGCUCAUAUCACUAAGAGGUUUCCGUCUAACAGCACGGAGGGCUCAAUUUUCACCGCGGCGAUCUCCCUGUCAAUGCUGAAGUCACUCGCGCAGCUCAUCGCGAGGCAUAUUGACCUGAUUCCGACGACCAUUUUCCGGCUAUUUGAAUCAGUCAUCGAUGCUAGAAAAAGAACGCAGCACUUUUAUCUCCAAAGCACCGCUUCUGAUCCAGAUCCAGAAAUCCAAAAGAGCAAUGCAUCACAUCAACAUUGGAUAGACGGCCUGUCGGAGGCUUUCGAUCUUCUUGGAGGGAAGGCGUGGCAGAAGGUAAAGGAAGGCUCAUCUGACACAUCUGACACAUUCUAUGAAGAUGAGGAGCAAGUUAUUUUUGCCAACAAAUUCUCGAUGUUGAGCCUGGACGGCCAAACGGAAGGCGGGGGUGAGGUGGAUGUGGAUGCGGAUCCUGACGAUGGCGGCGAGGACGCCGGCACCCCUGAGGCUCCCAUUCGCCAGAAAGCGAGGCGUGCGAAACAAAAGCUCAACAAGAAGGGAAAGAAAAAUAAGCGGGGACAAAAACCGAAGUCGAAAGAGCAGGCAGUGGAGAGUACCUCUGGUUCAGAUCCACAGGAAAUUCCCCUGGAGAGUUAUCGCAUCAUUGAAGAUGAAACUGGCAUGAUCACCGAUUAUUUGAUGGCUGUUUAUUCAAUCACCCAGCAGCUAGUACGGCUUCGCCAUGAAUUGCAGGGCGCCUGGUACAGUGUAGCCUAUCAAGGCAUGAAUACCUCCGUUGCUUCAAGUCUAUGCAAAGUUGCCAUCGGAAUGAUCAAGGAUGCUCAGUUGCAGAUCUUUGUUGAGUUUCCUGGACAUGAUUCUUUCGAUACUGUCAUACAGACCAUCACACGUGGAGAUCCUGAUAAGGCCAAUGGUACGUUCGGUCUGUCAAUCAAUCGAUUCAAUCCAGAUGGAACUCUUGACCAAACGUCCCCGCGAUCCGAUAUUGAUGUGAAAGAAGAAUUUUUGAUAUACACCUAUCAGGAUCUCUUCGACUUCAUCAUCGACUAUCAAAAAACGCGCAGCGGUAAGCCUACCAAACCCAUGCUCAAGAGUAUCCAAGAUUGGGACCCAUACCUCAACCUCUUACGAGCGAGCAAAGGCCAACGGUUAAGAUGGCGCCGAUCCUUUACCAUUAAUUGGCUGUACGACUUAGUCAAUGUUUUUUCAUCAAUUGUUGUUCAACGUCGGACAAUGAGCGGACAAAACAUUCCCCUUGAGACGGUUGACUGGUCCAGAACCGGCCCCUGGAAUAAACAUCGACGGUUGUUUGGCAUCAAUGACUUCGCUGGCGACAUAACUCACCUCGCGGUUCAGAAGCCUGGGACCGAUAUCAAGUCAAAAGUUCUUCCACAUCAUGUUUUCGAACUACAGUGCAUCAUAGACUCCCUCGCAGUUUCUCGUGGCUGGUCGGUCAGUGUUUUAACCGGCCAUGUCUUGAAGCCAGCUGCCAAAGACUUUCGGCCUCGAAGGGAUGUAGAUCUUUUCAUGGAUCGCGAGAACAAAAGAUUUGGCAAGGGAUUCUGCAGCUCAGUGGACAUUCUUUCUCAGUUGUUUGACAAGGAUGCUACGCUUCAUGGAGAUAAGUCGGAACAAAUCACUCAAAGAAUUCAUGAUUGA